UCCGAAUCUAAAGUACUUGACCCAACGACAGCUCUUUCAACCCACUCUCGGUGCGCUUCCAAUUCGCGAUUGCCGUCUUUCUGUUUGUUUACCGGAGAAGAAGAAACCAUCUUAAAAAAACCCAUUCGACAAAAAUUCGAAAUUUUGAUUCGCUCGAUACACGAAUUUUUGAGUUUUUGUAUGGUUUUGAUCCCGGCGAGAGCUCUGGAUCCGAUUUCAUCAGAAUCGUGGUGAGAGAUUAUGGAAUUGGGGUUUCCUCGGGAGUGAAGGAUGAUCCAUAGAAGAAGAAGAAAGAGUGAAACUUUCCAAGGAUUGAUCUGAACAAUCAUGUGGCUUUCUUUCUUAAGACCCAGAGAUCGUUUCUCCUUAGCCGAACUCAGGUAUCUGACUGACCAGUUGAGAAAAAUUCAGAUCGUGAACGAAGCUAAUAAGGAUCUCGUUGUCGAGGCAUUGAGAUCAAUUGCGGAGAUAUUAACUUAUGGUGAUCAGCAUGACCCUUCAUUCUUUGAAUUUUUUAUGGAGAAACAAGUAAUGGGAGAGUUUGUACGUAUUUUGAGGGUUAGCAAGACAGUAACAGUUUCUGUCCAGUUGUUGCAAACCAUGAGUAUAAUGAUCCAAAACCUAAAAAGCGAACAAGCAAUCUACUACUUGUUCAGUAAUGAAUAUGUAAACUAUUUGAUAACAUAUACAUUUGAUUUCCAACACGAAGAGCUUCUAUCUUACUACAUAUCCUUCUUAAGAGCUGUUAGUGGGAAGCUAAACAAGCAUACAAUAUCAUUGCUUUUGAAGACCGAGAACGAUGUAGUAGCUUCUUUUCCCCUUUAUGUCGAAGGCAUACAAUUUGCAUUUCAUGAAGAGAACAUGAUACGCACUGCAGUUCGUGCCCUGACUCUUAAUGUAUAUCACGUUGGCGAUGACUCUGUAAAUGAUUAUGUAGUUAGUUCACCACACACCCAGUAUUUUUCAAAGUUAGUUUCAUUUUUCCAAAAGCAAUGCAUGGAUCUAAGCGCAAUGGUGUUGAACACUCUAAAGAGCCCAUCUCCAGAUUCUGGUGGAAAAUUGUUUUCUGCUGUUGAUGGGAUCGAGGACACCUUGUACUACUUUAGCGAUGUUAUCUCUGCUGACAUACCUGAUAUCGGGAGACUGAUAACUGAUCACAUUCUGCAGCAUCUAACUCUCCCACUUCUUCUCCCGUCUUUAUACUCUGAGGCUGUAAAUGAGGUAUCAGUUGAUCCUGUCACUUCUCUCUACCUGCUUUCCUGCAUUCUGCGGAUAGUUAAAAUCAAAGAUUUGGCAAAUAUGACUGCUGCUACUCUUUUCUGCCCUGUAAAAGCAUUCAUCUCAAGUUCCCUAGUGAAACCUAAUAGCAGCUUGGCUCCUGAACGCGUUACAUAUGGAAAUGGGCAUCCAGACAAUGGUGUCACUGAGGAGGCAGAUCAACAGUGUUCAAGCACUGCAGUCAUGAGUGAGGAUAAAAAUUCCCACGUUUGCAGUGAAGAUGCUGCUACCAAAAUUAUCUUCAACAAUUCGCAUAUUACGUUUAGAGAGACUUUACUUCGGUAUAUUUCUGAGGGAGAUGAUGUGCAAGCUCAGGGUUCAUUGUUUGUGCUAGCCACUUUGUUGCAGACGAAAGAACUUGAAGAGUCAAUGCUAGAUGCUUUUGGCAUUCUUCCUCAGCGUAAGCAGCACAAAAAACUUUUACUGCAAUCUUUGGUUGGGGAGGACUCUGGUGAAGAACAACUGUUUUCACCACGAAAUGGUUCUAUGAGAGAUGGUUUAAGUAGCGAGCUUGAUUGGUUUCUACGAAGGUUGGAGGAGCAAUUUGGAGUAUGCUGUUCAUUGCCUAGGGCUGCAAGGUGCCCCCGUGAACAUAGACAUCAGGUGGUGGAUGCAUUGGUCAGUCUUCUCUGCCGAGAAAACAUAUCUGCGGAAACAUUAUGGGAUGGAGGAUGGCUGUUACGCCAAUUGCUUCCUUACAGCGAGGCAGAAUUUAAUCGCAAACAUCUCAAGAUGUUGAAUGUUUCCUAUGAGAAAUGCAAGAGUGCGCUUACCCAGGAGAUUAAAGGUACCUGGCCUGAUCUACUCAUCACAGCACUGCUUGAUGAGUGGAAAAAGUGCAAAAGAGUGAUCGAAGCUCCAUCCCCUCAAAAAGAGCCUAAAUCUGUUCUUCUUCAGCUUGAUAGAUCCUCUUCUAAUGAUAACACUGUUAGCGAAUCAUCAUUCACAGCAGGUGAAAGAAUGUGCGAAGUGGUUAAGGUUUUCGUGCUUCUUCAUCAACUCCAAAUCUUCUCGCUUGGUAGGCCCUUACCGGAGCAACCUCCUAUCCAUCCUCCAGCCGACCGAUCUGAAACAUCUCGUGCCACAAUUGCUUGUUUGGAUGUUUCAGUCAUCAAACCUGGCACCCAACUGAAGCUAGUUGGUGCUGUGCCCUGUAGAAUUGCCUUUGAAAGAGGCAAAGAACGGGAUUUCUCAUUUCUAGCCUUAUCGUCUGGUGUGUCUGGGUGGAUUGUCCUUGCUGAUCCAGAUAAUGGAAUCGUCCGUGUUACCGCACCUUUAGCUGGCUGCAAACCCCGAAUAGAUGAAAAGCACCCGAAAUGGCUACACCUGAGAAUCCGACCAUCUACGUUACCGUUAUUGGAUCCAACAAAGCGAGGAGCCUAUGAGAAGCUCAAGUCCAAAGGUCUAGUAGACGGGAGAUGGAUAUUAGCAUUCAGAGACGACGAAUCUUGUCACUCUGCUUACUCAAUGGUUGCAGAUGAGAUCGAUCAACAAUGCAGCGAGGUAGACAGAAGGUUAAGACCAUUAUUUGACCUAGAAAGAAACCAGCAAGAAGAUGAAUGAAAACAUUUUCGACGCCUCGUCUUUCAUCAAUUUGGUCUUCGUCGGGUUGAGAUCUCAUUCAAAAGUUUGGUAUUGAUUGAUCUUCCCCCACUUCUUGAAUAUAUAUGAAACGCCAUACCAAUUUAGAUGCACUCUUAGGAGCAGCGCUUCCAUGAUUCUUUCAACGUACCCGCAUUUUCAGGUGCCUUGUUUCACAAGUUUCUUGUCCAUUCCAUUCAAGCAGCUCUAUAUUUGUUUAUUUGUUUUUUGUUAAUUUUUUUUUCCUUUUUGUAAUAGUGGUCUUAAUGUAAUAUCAUUGUAUAAAAUACCAUUUGCUUCAUUGACAUUAUGCAAUAAAGAAGAGAAACAAUGACCUGCCGUUAAUACGA